AUGGGGCAAAGAUUAGCUCCUGUGUUGGCCAUAGCAUUCAUGUCGAAAAUCGAGAAGUCAGUUCUGGACCGUGGCCCAAUCCUAUACUACCGUUAUAUUGAUGACUGUCUUAUUAUAUGUUCGACUCAGGAAGAAGUAGACAUUUGCUACGAUGUCCUGAACAGGCAGUCACAAAACAUCAAGUUUACACGGGAAAAGCCUGUGGAGGAUUGGCUGCCAUUUUUGAAUAUCCAAGUCCAGGCCCUGACGAAGGCGAAGCAGCCGAAACGUUGGCCAAAUAAAUUGUUCAAUCUUGAGAGGCUUAAGAGGAUCACAGUUGCUACAUACCAUGCCAAGAUUGGAAGAGAUUCAUGGAUCAUUUCAUUCUCUCAUCAUACUCCAUAA